AUGGCUCAAUCUCUUGAUAUUGGUGUUCCAUGGAUUAUGUGUCAGCAAGAUGAUGCUCCUCAACCUAUGUUGAAUACAUGCAAUGGUUAUUAUUGCGACAACUUUGAACCAAACAACCCCAACACUCCUAAAAUGUGGACGGAGAAUUGGACCGGAUGGUUUAAGAAUUGGGGAAGCAAAGACCCUCACAGAACAUCCGAAGAUGUUGCUUUUGCUGUAGCAAGAUUCUUCCAAAGAGGAGGAACAUUCCAAAACUAUUACAUGUACCAUGGAGGCACCAACUUUGAUAGAACAUCAGGUGGACCGUACAUCACAACUAGUUAUGAUUAUGAUGCUCCUCUCGACGAAUAUGGUAAUUUAGCCCAACCAAAGUACGGACACUUGAAGCAGCUUCACGAUGUUCUUCACUCUAUGGAGAAGACUCUCACGCAUGGAAACAUUACCAACAUUGAUUUUGGAAACCAAGUCUCGGCAACGAUCUAUAAAACGGAAGAAGGAUCAAGCUGCUUCAUUGGAAACGUAAAUGAAACUUCAGAUGCAAGAAUCAAUUUCCAAGGAACAUCUUAUGACGUCCCGCCUUGGUCUGUUAGCAUUUUACCAGAUUGCAAAACUGUGACUUACAAUACCGCCAAGAUUAAUACCCAAACUUCAGUGAUGGUCAAGAAACCGAAUGAAGCUGAAGAUGAGCCUUCUACCCUGAAAUGGUCAUGGAGACCAGAGAACGUAGAUAAUGUCCUUUUGAAAGGAAAAGGAGAAUCUACAAUGAGGCAAUUGUUUGAUCAGAAAGUAGUAAGCAACGACCAAAGCGAUUAUCUUUGGUACAUGACUACGGUUAAUCUCAAAGAACAAGAUCCGGUUUGGAGCAAAAACAUGUCUAUCCGUGUUAACAGUACUGCUCAUGUACUUCAUGCUUUUGUCAAUGGACAACACAUUGGGAAUUAUCGAGUAGAAGAUGGAAAAUUUCACUAUGUUUUCGAGCAAGACGCGAAAUUCAACCCUGGUGCUAAUGUCAUUACCUUCCUUAGCAUAACCGUAGGCCUUCCGAACUAUGGUGCCUUUUUUGAAAACAUACCGGCUGGAAUCACUGGACCCGUUUUUAUCAUUGGAAGAAAUGGUGAUGAAACCAUAGUGAAAGACUUGUCUGCUCAUAAAUGGAGCUAUAAAACCGGUUUAAGUGGGUUUGAGAACCAACUUUUUAGUGCUGAAUCACCAUCUACAUGGUCAGGUGAGAGUGUACCAAUCAACCGAACAAUGACUUGGUAUAAGACUACUUUCAAGGCUCCAUUGGGAAGUGAACCAGUUGUGGUGGAUCUUUUGGGACUUGGAAAAGGAACGGCUUGGAUCAAUGGAAACAACAUUGGACGUUAUUGGCCAUCUUUUCUUUCAGGUAUUGAUGGUUGUCCUGCCGAGUGCAACUACAAAGGAGCUUACUAUGCUGAAAAGUGUCAGACAAAUUGUGGAGAACCUACUCAAAGAUGGUACCAUAUUCCUCGUUCUUUCUUGAACUCGGACGGAGACAACACGUUGGUUUUGUUUGAAGAGAUUGGAGGAAACCCAUCACUUGUCAAUUUUCAGACAAUUGGAGUGGGGAGUGUUUGUGCAAAUGUCUAUGAGAAGAACGUCCUUGAGCUUUCUUGCAAUGGAAAGCCCAUUUCCGCCAUCAAAUUCGCUUCCUUUGGUAACCCAGGAGGUAACUGCGGAUCAUUUGAGAAAGGAACUUGUGAGGCAAGCAACAAUGCUGCCGCUAUUCUCACUCAAGAAUGUGUUGGAAAGGAAAAAUGUUCCAUUGAUGUCUCCCAAGAGAAGUUCGGAGCACCAGAGUGUGGUGGUGAUGCUAGAAGGCUUGCCGUCGAAGCAAUUUGCUAG